AUGUUGGUAUGCAUUAACAUAUUUAUGGUGAUAUUUUUAAUUGAUAUGGUAAAUGCCGAUAUUUUCACUGAUGGAAACGCUACAAAAAUUUUUGACUUUUUAAAAGCCAAAUAUAAUAAAUUAUAUAUAAAUAAAUUGGAAGAACAACGUGCUUUUAAGAACUUCAUUGAUAAUUUGAACAAAGUGUCGGCUCUUAAUGAAAAAGUCACAAGCAAUGAUACUUUUUAUGUAAUAAACAGAUAUGCGGAUAUAGAUUCUGAAGAUUUCGAUCAACAUUAUGCUAUUCCAUUGACAACAUUUGAAAAUGAAGGAAAGGUAGAUAUGGCGAAUAUAGGUGGUCAAAAUAUGUUACGGAACACAAUGGAAAAAUUACGUACCAAAGUAGAAAAAGAUACAGAUUAUUCAGAGAGUAUUGAAUUAUACGAUUUAAAUAACGCUGAAAAUCUAUAUAGACAAUACAUGCAGAAGUUUGGAAAGAAGAAUGCUACGAAAAAAUAUGAUCGCAGUGUACACUUUUACAGAUUCAUAAAAACACUCGUAGAUAUAAAUAGAAACCAUUUUAAAGGGAAUCAUGCUAUGUCAUUAGAUCAGAAUGCAGACGUUGUUAAGGAGCCGGUUGAGUAUUUUUAUUAA